AUCUUGACCGUCCGUGUUCGCCUAUUACCCUACCCUUCUCUCGUCCUCCUCCCCCAAAGCAACGAACACGAGAGGGGGACUAGACUAGAGGGGAAACUGCUCUCUCGGCGAUCGGCGAGGCCUCCCACGAUGGUGGUGCUGCAACCAGAUCGGUUCCUGAGCGAGCUGACGAGCAUGUACGAGCGGAGCACGGAGAAGGGCUCCGUGUGGGUCACCAUGAAGCGAUCGCCGCUCAAGGGCAAGGUACAGUUGCAAAAGAUGGAGAAGAAGGGACAGGAGGUGGAGUACCGGUGCCUCGUCCGCGCCUCUGAUGGCAAGAAGAGCAUCUCCACCUCGCUCUCUCUAAAGGAGUACCUAAAAUUCCAAGCUUCAUACGCAACAGUUCUUAAGGCCCAUAUGCAUGCUUUGAAGAAAAGGGAGAGGAAAGACAGGAAGAAGGCUGCAGAGGCUGAGAAGGUACCCGAGAAUGCACCCAAGAAGCAGAAGAAAGCGUCUUCAAAGAAAUCUUCAGGGUCCAAGUCGUAAGGCAAUUCCAGAAUUCACUGUGCCUUAUGCUGUCUACAGCCAGACUAAUCUGAGUGUCGUCGAGAUUUUAUCAUCCGUUUUACUCGUAUUCAUGUCUGGGAGGUGAAGCCUGUGAAUACCUAUAGAGCUGCGCCAUGGACACUAGCAUUUUUGAAGCAGCGUUUUGAUCUGAAUGUAAGCCGCUGUGGCUCUUUUCUGAUUGGCAUCAAAGAGAAGACGUGCCCUUUGAACUGCAAGAUCUGAUCAAAAAUUCAGGUCCAA